AUGGACAAUGAAUUUAGCAACGCAGCAAAAGUUCUGCUAUCUGGGAGUAGUGCUAAUGAAACAUUAUUGAAGGAUUUUCCUGUAAUUAUAUCAACUCCAACACGAAUGCAACUAAUCGAAAGAAGAGUAAGAACAAAAGAUAAUAGCCUUUGGAGGGUCAGAAGAAUAAUCCAAUCGAUACCAAGAAAUUCCAGAGUUAUUACAUUUAAUGCAGUAGUUGACAGAGAGUUGACAUGUUACAGUAACAUGAUUGGUCCUGGAAAAACAACGGCCCCUAGUCCCCAGCAGGCCUUAAGUGGUCAAGGGGUGCCAAGAAUCCCUGGGAAGUAUGCAAUAGCGGAGGGAUGUUGCAGAAAAAUUCAGAAUGGCCCCUCCAUGGUACUUAGACUUGGAACGCUCAAUGUUGGAUCACUGACUGGCCGCAGCAUGGAAAUCACAGAAAUGCUCGAGUGUAGAAGGAUUGACAUCUGCUGCCUUCAGGAAACCCAAUGGAAAUCGAAUGGUGUCUGUCAUGUCAACUCAGACAAAGAAAAAUAUAAACUAUUCUGGAAUGGUCAAAAGACGGCCAAAAAUGGUGUUGGAAUUUUUGUCAGAGAACCGCUAGCCCAAGAAGUACUGGAUAUUAAAAGGCUUAGUUCACGCGAUCUCAAUGGCCACGUUGGAGAGAAAACAGAUGGUUUUGACAACGUACAUGGCGGUUUUGGCUAUGGAAAACGGAAUGAAGAUGGCAACCGCAUCCUUGAGUUUGCUGAAAGUCACGGGUUUUAUUUACUGAACACAUAUUUUAGAAAGAGUUGCAAUCAAAAAUAUAACGUAGCUAGCAAAAAAAAUUUAGACAUACCAGCUUCGGUGAAAAAUAAAAAAUAA